UCUCGAGCAGGAAGCUGAAGCAUUUCCUCCUCCAGCCGCAGCUGAUGCUUGCAGAGCGGGUUUUGCAAUCCCAUAGGUUUCUGUUCUCGGGGCGGGGAGGUGCCUCACACCACCUUGCAGCUCGGCAUUUGUUUGCUCGUAUUUUUUUGCAUCUGUCAGUGUUUUGCUGCCAGCCCCGGCAGGUCCCAGCCACAGGGUGGUUUGUGGCAGCGCCAACAGCUCCAGCCCAUGCGCAGCCCUUCGCCUGGUGCUGCCCGCUCGGCGCUGGCGAGCGGCGCUGCUGGAGAUGCAGAGCACACCCAACUACCUCUGGAGCACCGAGGACCUCCUGGGCCAGGGAGCCACGGCCUGCGUCUACAAAGCCCGCAACAAGAAAUCAGGAGAGCUGGUUGCUGUGAAGGUUUUUAAUAAUGCCAGCUACCUCCGGCCCCAGGAGGUCCAGAUGAGAGAGUUCGAGAUGCUGAGGAAGCUGAACCAUAAAAACAUUGUCAAAUUAUUUGCCGUGGAGGAGACGGGCAGCACCAAGCAGAAGGUGCUGGUGAUGGAGUACUGCUCGAGCGGCAGCUUGCUGAACGUGCUGGAGGACCCAGCAAAUGCCUUCGGCUUGGCUGAGUCUGAGUUCCUCAUUGUGCUGCAGUGCGUAGUGGCAGGAAUGAACCAUCUCCGGGAGAACGGCGUGGUGCACAGAGACAUCAAACCCGGCAACAUCAUGCGGCUGAUGGGGGAAGAUGGGCAGAGCGUCUAUAAGCUGACGGAUUUUGGGGCUGCCCGAGAGCUGGAUGAUGAUGAAAAGUUUGUGUCUGUCUACGGGACGGAGGAGUAUCUCCACCCGGACAUGUACGAGCGAGCGGUCCUGCGCAAGCCGCAGCAGAAGGCGUACGGUGUCACCGUUGACCUCUGGAGCAUUGGCGUCACCUUCUACCACGCUGCCACUGGCAGCCUCCCCUUUGUCCCCUUCGGGGGACCUCGCAGGAACAAGGAGAUCAUGUACAAAAUCACCACCGAGAAGCCUCCUGGAGCCAUCGCAGGGGUCCAGAGGCAGGAGAACGGGAGCAUCGAGUGGAGCUACGAGCUGCCUGUCACCUGCCAGCUCUCCGCGGGGCUGAAGGACCAGCUGAUACCCAUUUUGGCCAACAUCCUGGAGGCGGAUCAGGAGAAAUGCUGGGGAUUCGACCAGUUUUUUGCAGAAACCAAUGACAUUUUGCACAGGAUCGUGGUUGACGUCUUCUCCCUGCAGCAAGCUUCCUCGCAUCGCAUCUACAUCCACUCCUACAACACUACUACCAAGUUUUUAGAUGCCGUCUUCAAACAAACAAACAUAGUCCCUCACCAUCAAGAAUACUUUUUUGAAGGUCAUCUGUACGAGUUAGAUCCUAAUCUACAAGCUCAUAAUUUCUGCAAAACCACAGAGCACAACCCUCUGACCUUGCUGAGCACCGCUGAGCAGCCAGAAGACGUCCCAGGAGUCAGAUACAGAGACCCGGCACUCGAGUUCCCAAAGUUCGCCCCCAAGGUAGACGUGGUGGCCGACUGCGGUGCAGCCAAGAGCGCGGUGGGUGCCGCGCACCAGACGCUGCGCAUCGCCCGGGCCCUGCGGCGCUGCCGGGAGCUGCUGGCCAGAGGUCUCCACUGGGUGAUUGGGAACCUGAAAACAGAUUGCUCGAGGAUUUUGGAGCAGAGGAGAGGGGCUCUCUCUGUGCUCGCCUGCCUGCAGCUGACUGAGGUGAAGAUCCAUGGGCUGUACGAAGCUGCUCCUGCCGGCAGUGGGGUGCUGGCUCCGAAGGACGUGGCCAUGGUGAAGACAAGGCUGCAGCGGGUCGCCGAGGAGCUCUCUCAGUGCUCCCACAGCAUCUUUGACUUUCAAGGGGUGCUGGAUGGCAUUUUGUCUGAACUGGUGAAGCACAGGCAGCAAGUGCACGAAGACAAAAGCAUCCGGCAGAUCGAGUGCUGCCUGGAGAAGAUGCAGCUGAUCUACAAGCAGUUCAAGAAGGCCAGGAUGUGUCUGCGGCUGGGCUACAACGAGGAACAAAUACACAAGCUGGAUAAGGUGAAUUUAGGGCAUCUGGCCAGGAAGGUUCUGUUGAUUUUCCAGGACAACUGUGUCCAGCGGUACCAGGAGGCCCUGGCCCUCCAUGGCAGCAGGAUGAGGAAGGUUUGUGAGAUAAAGAAGCAUCUGAAGAGGCUCAGCAACCGCAUCAGCACCUGCAGUGUGGAGACGAUGGAGUGCCAGGACUGCCUGCAGAGCGCUCUGGACAGGUUUCUCCAGACAGAGAAACGGAGCUUGGCCCCGGCUCCUCCUGCACCUUUGCCCGUCCGUCUGAGCCAGGCACGCCAGGAGAUGGCCUUUCGGAUGCAGGAGCUCCUGGAGCAGAUGAGGUCAGUAACUUGUGAUCUCCAGUUCAACAACAGCAUCAUCGAGAGGUUGAGUGGGGCUGCCCCCACUCCCGGCAUUUGAGAGAUGGUGAAUUUGCAGCUGCUGAAGCAAACCACUUCCCCCAGCAGGGAACACGUAUGGCACUUCGGGGCCAGAGCGACGGAGGCGUUUGACAUUCGUGCUGGAGGAGCUCUCUGUGUCCUACCUCUCGCUCCAGCACUUUUGCACAGUUCACCAGCAUUACACCAGCAUUAGCUUUGAGUGGCUUGCAAGCCUUGAGCCUUCAAAAGUGUGACCAGAAAAUUGGGUGGGUUUUGGUUUGUUUUUUUUUUUUUGUUCUUUUAAAAUGUACUUGAAGGACUUGUUUUUCUAGCUUCUCUGUAUCACCACAUUGGAUGAUGAAGAGGCUAGACCGAUAAAUUAGGCCCUCUUACUCCUUUAGGGAUUACUCCCAUUUUUAACGUACGCCUGCUCCCUGAGGCUUUGUGGAGCGGGGCAGGGGUCCAGGGCAGGAGGGAUGCUGUGCCCGAUGGAUGAGAGACCAGACCCAGCACAGAAUGGCUCCAGUGCUCUGCCCAGAGGUGAGAGCCCAGGGAAGACAAAAGCCACAGACCUCUGCCCACGGGCACUGCAGCCUCCCCUCCUGCUUCAGGGCUUCACCUCCAGCCCAGCACCGUGCCUGGGCUGCUCAGGGGUAUCAGAAUGGGAAGCCAAGGGAGGCCUCUCUUUUUUUGGUAUGUUUCUAUAAAUGCAACUGAGUUCUGUGUUUA